CUAUCAAAAGUAAAAUAAUUUUAUUAGUAAUCGCGUCGUAUUUGUUUCUGCUCUCGGCCACUUUCGGCAUUCGUUCUUAAAUACAAUUUCUUCAGUAAAUUUUCGAAAAAUAGGGAAUUGUGUUUUUUUGUAAACAAGCGAUUAAAUGUGCUAAUACUUUUACAAUGCCUUUAAUUUAUUCGGUACUAAUACUUUAUAGGUUAUAGAAGAAUUUGCAUACCUACAAGAAAAUAUAGAUUAUUGUAAAAAAUCUAUAAAUUUCGUCAAAACGGUGUUUAUAAGUUGUCUGCUGUGUGGGAGGCUUGUAUAAGAAUUAACGAUGGGUCUUAUUAUCUCAAGAUUUCGCCGCAAGAAAACGACGAAAGACAUACUAGAAGAGCUAGAAACGAAAAUCAAAAGAAUAGAAAAAGAUGGCGAAUACAAAGAGCAAACACAUAAACGAGUUAUUGGGAUGAUAAUGGUUAAUUCAGUUGGACUGUAUGUGCUGUUUGCGUUGCUCUAUUACUUCAUAUAUGUAGGCAAGAGUCAGUACUGGGUACAUUCGCUGAUGUAUGCUUCUCCGUUACUACUGCUUCCAGUUUUGGUGAUAUUCCUUCGCUCAGCAAUAUCAUCGUACUACAACUGGAGUCUGAAUAAGAAUAGAGUGAAGUUGUCCAAGAUGAGAGAAGAAAAGAAGAAGAUUUUAGAAGAAGUCAUGGAUACUGAGACGUAUAAGGUCGCGAAAGAGAUCCUAGAUAAGUAUGGUACACCUGAUGAACAGUCAAAAGCUUUGAAGCCAUUCACACCAGCAAUAAAUGCACCCAGUCUACCUUCGACCCCUAUAAUACAUCAGAAGCAAAGGCAGUUGGCGAUGCUGACGUCGACGCCAAGGAACAUGCACAUGGUACCGGCCACGCCUGGUGCUAUUCUUAACGGACCUCGGCUAAGGUCGGAUCAGCUGCCACGCCCAUUACCGGAUAGUAAUAGGUCGGCGUUGGACAAAGUUGUGGACUAUUUGCUCAAAGACGGACCGAACUAUAGGAUGGCACUCGUUUGCUCUGAGUGCUUAUCUCAUAAUGGUAUGGCGAUGAUCGAGGAGUUUGACUACGUGUCAUACAAAUGUGCGUACUGUGGUCGGCUUAAUCCAGCAAGGAAGCAGCGCCCAUCCGCGCCCGCCUUGUGUUCGCCGCCCGCCCUUACUUUUAAUAAUGGUACACUCGGUGGCGGUGAUGACUCUUCCCUUGCAUCUUCUGGUACUGAGAGUGAAGAGGAAAGAGAAACCGAUAAACGCACUGAUGCCGAAGAAACAGAUCAUCCACCCUCACCGGUUGAGGGGGAGCCGAAAUCUGAAGAAGAGAAGAAACAAGACUGAUUGUUCAUCGCCAAUUCGAUAAAUCGUUACGAUAUUUAGCAUUUCGCUUGCGAAAUAUUUGAAAAUAUUUAAUAACAUCGACAUGUAAAUAUUUUUUUUUUGAAUAAUUGAAGAUUUUCGUCUAAAGAAUCUUAAAGAAAAUCAAUAUAUGCAUAAUGAUUCGAGAAAAUUUUAAAUUUGUAUAACACUUGCAAUACUAAUAAUAAUUUCAUAAUUGUGUCCAUUUUGUAUAAGCUUGUGAGAUGUUUUGGCACGUCCGAAUUUAAAUUCAAAGGCAAUAUUAAAUUAAUCUAAAUUGUCGUAAAAAAUAUAAGCUAAAUGCUUUAAUUAAAUAAUUUUUUCAUAGAGCAUACGAAAUUAAUUGCAUUUUCCAACAACAAUUUUCUUUUAAAUUCAUUGAAAAACUCGAAUUUUCUUCUGUAUGAAGAGUUCAUAUUCGUCUCUAAAUUAAUUCUAUGAAAAAAUGAUAUGGGGUUUGAUUUAUUUGUUUGUUAUUGGGGUUAAUAGUCUAAUUGGUCGAAUUAUUUAAUUUAUUCAUUGUUUUACGUAGUGGUAAACAUGUGCCUUUCUAUUUAAGAGGUAAAAUUUUAGUUUUCACACAAAAAGAAAUAUAACUGUCUCUUUCACACAGUAUUCUGUAGAAAGAGACAGAAAGUAUAUGAGACCUUAGAGAAAAUAUUUCUUUGGGUAGAUCAGCUUUCACAAUAAACGACUCAGGUCACGUGAUACACAUGUGAUAAAUUUUUUUUUGUCUGUCUGUCAAUUGUGUGUUUCAAAUGUCUGUUUAUUGUCGAUGGCUCUUCUGUUCUGUAAGCGAUUUUUUUCGAAGGUAUUCCAAAAUAUUUAAAACAUCACAAUAAUGCACAUUUAAGUUGCAUACAUGUAAUUUUAUUCGUGUAUAUAUGAUAUGGUGGUGUAUUUGUGCCAAUUGUUAAAAAAAUAAAAAUAAUAACUUAUACUUAAUAUUUUACCCCUUAAAUAUGCAAAUUGGGUUUUAAAAACUCGGAGAUAUACAACACUAUAUAAUUUUUAUUGGUACAUUUUUAAAAACUGCUAGAAUGGAUGUAGAUGUUUUGUCGCAGCAUAUAAUGAAGAUAAUAUAAUUUACAAUGAUAUUGCGUUUAAUAAAUCUUAAAGAAAUUCAUUACGAAUCAUGAGAAUAAGAAUGAAGGUCCUCGAAUCCCGUUUAUAUAAUAUUCCAUCCACACUUCUGGGGUUUUGAGGCGUUUACCAUUACCAUACAAAUUCGUUUGGCGUUGGUGUCGUUUAGUGCUUUUGACUCAAUCCCCGGGAAUUAGGGGUCUUAAACCAGGAGUUGAUCUGAUGAAAGUUUAUUUAAAGAUUGUAUUAAUACAUUAGUUAUAUAAAGAAAUUAAAUCGUGCAAGGAAAAACUUAUAAAACAAUAUUGCUAUAUAUAUACAUAGCUCACUAAUAUCAAAGUGUACUUCGAAAUACAGCUGUCUCUUUCGUUUUCUAUGAUAAAAUAUGAAACGGACGAUUCUGUUUUAUAUCUCCCAGUUUUUAUUUGACCUAUACAAGUGUUCUUAAUGUAAAGAGCAUAAUCGGCGAGCAUUUUGUAAUCGCAGAAAAUGUCAUUAGACUUAAUUAUUUAUUGUUAUGUUUAUUUAAUUUUAAGGUCUUCUGAAUCUUCCUAGUUAUAGUUAGAGAAUUGUCAAAGGUUGAAAAUGUCAUGAUAAAUAGCUUUUUUAAAAGCGUGAAGGUAUAUAAAGAUAAUAUUAAUACGUGAAUAACGAGGAUUUUGGGCCGACAUCUGCGCAUAUAAUUCUAGCCAAAUUAUUGGCAGGGAAGUUUUCUAAAUUGAUUUUUAAAAUACAGAAAACGUUUUAUUAGUAAUAUUUGAAAAUGCUUGAAUUUUAUUGCUCGACAUCGAUUAAUAAAAACCUUAAAAAAUAUGAUAUGAUAGCGCCCCUCGAUUGGUUAUGAUUAGUCACCCGCAUAUAUGACAGUCAUACUAGCUGUCUCUUGCGUUUGACUAAUCACAAACAAACGAAACGCGUCGUAACACCGUCUUUUGUUUUAAUUUUUUUAUUAAAGUAUUUGGUUCUAAUAAUGAUUUCAACCUUACACAAUUUCUAGGGCUUACUACUUAAUCAUCCCAAUAUUAACGUUUCGAUUGCUUGUGAAAAUGAAAGAAAUAUACAUAUUAUUGUGGCGACUCGUUAUUAUUAUGAAUGGUCGUAUUUGUACCUCCUUAAAAAUUUCCAACCGCUAGUUUCUAAAAUAAUUUACGUCAUUUUCAAUGUACGCCAUUGUUGCAUAACACCCAGUCAUUAUUUGAUAUUGGGAUAGUAGGCAAAUGAAAAAAUAAAAAUCUAUAAUCUGCUAACUAAAAUUUAAUUAAAUAAUCCACCUAUAAGUACAACUAGUGGCACGAAACUCUAGCGCUGACCGUUAUUGCGCAGAAGUAAAAAAUAAGGUAACUGAGGGGGCCUAGCGGAAUGAAGAGCGUCGAUUGGCUCUCCAGUCGCAUUCCGGCCCCCGCACCACAGUACACAUGCGCAGCAAUCCCCUCCACGUAUCGGCCAGCGCUAGACUUACGUGCCGCUGCCUAUGAGACACGGCAUAACGAUGCUGCUCUAGAAAAAAAUCUAUGGAAAAGUAACAUAUCUACGGCCAUUCUUAUAUAACGGAUUUAAAGUCACUCAAAAGUUAAUUCAUUAAUACAUCCAUACUCAAAAUAAUGUCUAGUCAAUUAUAGAAUUGCAUUUUUAUAACAAUCGAAUUCCCUACAUUCCUUAAUUUAUUCUGACAUUAAAUAAAUGUGCUGACGAACAAAUGCCAUUAUUUUUAUUUUUAAAUUUACGAUUUUUUAUCUGUAAAUUUUCCCGCGUUUUUUUUUUCUUUUGGCUCUAGCACGGUUUGUGCAUUAUCCAGCGUCGAGUAUGGAUUUUCCCGCUUAAAAGUUUAUAAUCCUUCCGUAUCGGAUGAUUUCUAAAUUGUCAGCUAAAUAUAAAGGUUCCUUAAAUGCCGUAUAUAUUUUGUGUUAAUGCAGUCUAUAGUAUUGUCAAAAACUACAUACAAUAAAGUACAUUCUAAGGAUUAGACUUGAUUACACGUAAAAUACGGACCUAUACCAGAUCGAAGAAUCUCGUGUUUAUAAAAUCGGGAAAAUUGAAUAAAAAUAUUGGCAUAUGAUUGUUUGCUCACUUUCGCUUUGAUUAUCAAUUUUAGGACUAACAUAUUUUGUGUGCAAUUUGUUUUGGUACAUCGAACAUUUGUAUUUAUUUCAUUAAACAAUAUGAUUUAAGA